AUGAGGUCUAUUAAGUGUGUGAUUAUUGGUGAUGGUGCCGUCGGUAAGACGUCGCUAUUGAUUUCUUAUACGACAAAUACGUUUCCCCAGGACUAUAUUCCUACUGUGUUCGAUAACUACUCGACGACUAUAGCGCUCCCGGAUCCAAGCAAUCCAGAUUCCGAACCCCAGGUGUUCAAACUAAACCUGUGGGAUACUGCUGGGCAAGAGGAGUACGAUAGGUUGAGACCUCUCUCUUACCCACAAACGGACAUCUUCCUAAUAUGUUUCUCGGUGAACGAGCCAAACAGUUUCCAGAAUGUCUACGACAAGUGGUUCCCUGAAGUAAAACACAAUACGAACUUCGAGAACCUCGACCUCUAUCACCAGAGUGGGAAAUUGCCGGUAUUGCUAGUUGGUACCAAGGCAGAUUUGAGAGACGAUGACCACGAACGCGAUCGUUUACAGGAAUCCAAUCAGGACUUUGUCUCAGCCCAGCAGAUUAAUGAAAUGGUCAACAAGCUAGGGUUAAUGGGCUACGUAGAAUGUUCGGCUGCUACACAGGCUGGUGUCCGCGAAGUGUUUGAAAAAGCAGUAGACUGCGUCGUGUUCGAACCAGAUCGGUUGGUCAGGGAAGCACAGCAAAAGGCACAACAGCAACUGGAGUCCCAACAGAAACAAAAGGCCAAACAACAGCAGCAGAACAAGAAACCAUCAGCUAAUACUCCUGCUCCUGUUACCACUUGUAAGCCAAAGUCCAAAAGAACAAAGCGGAAGUGCACUAUUCUUUAA